CGUGUCUGGGUUCACAUCGUGUGGGCAUCAACAACCAUGAUUCCAACGUCCCUUCAGACCUCAGGACCUGUGUCAAAGAGAUCAGUGACCAGUGCCUUCCGUUUCCGUGUUACAAGGAGGGUUCUGAACGCUGCAUCGAUGGCAAGGCCUCCUUCACCUGUCGGUGUAGACCAGGCUGGAAGGGUCCGCGCUGUGAGGAUGACAUCGACGAGUGUUCGGACCCAGAUCACCCAGCCGGAUGCAACCAGAAGUGUUACAACUCCCCCGGUAGCUUCCGCUGUAUGUGUGAUGACGGGUACCGGUUCAGAACCAAUGACAAGAUCCACUGUACAGAUAUCAAUGAGUGUCUGAUGUACCCCAGUAUCUGUGAGAAACCAGCUAAAUGUGUCAACACCCCUGGCAUGUAUGAGUGCCAGUGUCCCCCGGGCUUCAAAUACAACUUCACCUUACGCUCCUGUUUGGAUGUGGAUGAGUGUGAGGUGGGUGUGUGUGGGGGUGAGUGUGUGAACGCGAUGGGCAGCUACUCUUGCCACUGCGACGGCCGUCGGGGCCUGCGGCUAGCCGAGGACCAGAGCUCCUGUGAGGAGGUCCCAGUGUGUGUCCAGCUCUAUGACUACAAGCAUGCUGAGAUGCUGUACCUGGGAGAACAGUUCACUGGAGGGCCUGUCAUAUACCUCCGCUUCAGACUACCAGAGAACACCAAGUUUGCUGCAGAGUUUGACUUCCGUACGUUUGAUCCAGAGGGGGUGAUUCUCUACGCGGAGUCUUCCCAGGACUCGUGGUUCAUGCUGGGGCUGAGGGAAGGACGCAUCGAGGUCCAGUUCAAGAACCAACACUCCCUCAAGGUCACCAGUGGGGGCAAGGCCAUCAACGAUGGUCAGUGGCAUGUGAUCUCAGUAGAUGAACUGGAGUCCAGUAUCAGUGUUAAGAUCAGUAAGGAAGCUGUGAUGAGCAUCAACAGCCCUGAGAGUCUCUUUACGUCCGUUAACGGGAAACUGGAGACCAAGGUGUACAUUGCAGGGCUGCCCAACCGCACCGACAGCGUCAUCAAACCGAUUAACCCUCGUCUGGACGGCUGUAUCCGGGGCUGGAACCUGAUGAACCAAGGGGCGUCUGGGGUGAAAGAGGUUAUCCAGGAGAAGGAAAGCAAACACUGUUUCCUGCACGUAGAGAGAGGGACCUACUUCACUGGAGCAGGACUGGCUCACUUCAACAUAGACUACAGUGAGUCGGGGAGCUGGAGGGUUGAUCUGAAGAUAAGUAUCCGUCCGUCCAGCAGCACAGGAGUUCUCUUCGCUCUGGUCGUCAACGAUACCGUCCCCCUGUCUGUCGCCGUGGUUACGCAAAGACCUGACGAUGCUCACCUGCAGGUGUUCCUGGAUGGGGUGUCCGUGGCGGUGCUACAGUCGUUGAUGUUGUGUUACCCUGACCGUCUGUCUGUAGAGCUGACUGUCACCCCCACUACCCUGGAGAUCAUCGCUAACUCCUCCACAUGGUCCUACAGCCUCCCUGACGGGGCGCUGGAUCGACUCAACGCCACAAUGAUGACACACUCUGUCAGCACAUGCAUAGGAGGACUGCCAGAUACUAUCCCAGCCUCCUCCACCCCAGUGUCAGCCUACUACCACGGCUGUCUGGACGUCAACAUCAACGGUCGGCUGUUAGACUUCGACGAGGCAGUCAGUAAACACAACAGCAUUAAGUCCCACUCCUGCCCCCCUGUCUCGCCCCCCAAGACACACUCUGACGACCCCCACCACUCACCCUACAGGAAGUGACCUCACAGCCAGGUCGACCAAUCACCGCACAUCUCUGUCCUGAGGCCAAAUCUGUGUAUAUGAUCCUAUAACUAAUGAUUGGAGGGAGGGAGGGAGGGAAGAAAGGAAGG